CGGGGGCGGGGCUUCGUCUGAGCUCCGCCCACACCUCCUGGUUGUCAUAGUGACCCCGAGGCCGCUGAAGUCGGAGUCUUAGCUGCUAGACACUAGCUGCUGACAUGCAGUACACCGGGAGCAAAUAUGUGGGGUCGUUCGUAAACAGAAGGAUGGAGGGCAAUGCGGAGUACAUUCUCCCUACUGAUACAAGAUAUGUUGGGGAAAUGAAGGACGGCAUGUUCCAUGGAGAAGGAACCCUGUUCUUCCCCAGCGGGAGCCGAUUCGAUGCCACCUGGGAGAAAGGAUUGGUGACAAAGGGAAAAUAUACCUUUGCUGAUGGGCUGCAAUAUGAGGACAGACACUGGCACUACUGUGACAGUUAUGACCGGAGGUUCCACACUGAGAUCUGCUUCGGCCUGAAGCCCUCAGGCAUCUCUCAGCUCACCAAUAUGGACCCGCCUAGAAGAAUCCCCUCAGGCUGCUAUGAUUGCGGAGAUGGCUUCUAUAACCCCAUCACCAGGGUCAUCAAGGAUUAUCGGAACCGCUUUCUGAGAAAUGCAGAUGACGAUGAACAUGAGUGGAUCCUCAGGACCUGCCGCAAGGCCUGGAUGGAGAAGACCACACAGAAGCCCAAGCUGUGAACGCCUCGGCAUCUCCAUCAGGGAUUUCCCUCUGCACAUGGGAGUUUCAGAAUAAAGGUUUCCAGCACUGA